AUGGGCCAGCAGAACCCUCCCGCGGGAGGAUCGCGGAAGAUCUCCUUCAACGUGUCCGACCAAUAUGAGAUCCAGGAUGUUAUCGGUGAAGGUGCUUACGGUGUCGUCUGCUCCGCAAUUCACAAGCCGUCCGGCCAAAAGGUCGCCAUCAAAAAGAUUACUCCGUUCGACCACUCCAUGUUCUGUCUGCGUACAUUGCGCGAGAUGAAGCUGCUGCGGUACUUUAACCACGAGAACAUUAUCUCCAUCUUGGAUAUCCAACGGCCCCGCAACUACGAGGGCUUCAAUGAGGUGUACUUGAUUCAGGAACUGAUGGAGACUGAUAUGCACCGAGUCAUUCGCACACAAGAUUUGUCCGACGACCAUUGUCAAUACUUUAUCUACCAAACACUGCGUGCCCUCAAGGCAAUGCAUUCCGCCAAUGUUCUCCACCGAGACUUGAAGCCGUCCAACCUGCUGCUCAACGCCAACUGCGAUUUGAAAGUGUGCGAUUUCGGCCUGGCGCGAUCGGCCGCCUCGACCGACGACAACUCCGGUUUCAUGACGGAAUACGUGGCUACCCGCUGGUACCGUGCGCCGGAGAUCAUGUUGACCUUCAAGGAAUACACCAAAGCAAUUGACGUUUGGAGUGUGGGCUGUAUUCUUGCCGAGAUGCUGAGCGGCAAGCCCCUGUUCCCCGGAAAGGACUGUACGUAUACCCCUGGAAUUCCAAUUUUGCAUACGUUCCAUCUAACAAUCCCAGACCACCAUCAGUUGACCUUGAUUCUGGACGUUCUCGGCACACCCACAAUGGAAGACUACUACGGCAUCAAAUCCCGACGAGCACGCGAGUACAUCCGCUCCCUCCCCUUUAAGAAGAAGAUUCCCUUCCGCGCUCUCUUCCCCAAGAGCAACGACCUGGCCCUGGACUUGCUCGAGAAACUCCUCGCCUUCAACCCCGUCAAGCGUAUCUCCGUCGAGGAUGCCCUGCGCCACCCGUACCUGGAGCCGUACCACGACCCGGAAGACGAGCCCACCGCGCCCCCGAUUCCCGAGGGAUUCUUUGAUUUCGACAAGAACAAGGAUGCGCUGAGUAAGGAGCAAUUGAAAGGUAUGGUCCCAUCUAUGUCCUUUGAUCUUGAUUUUGAUAUUGACGCGUGA